AAUCUUUUUUAUAGGCUUUUUAUUGGUGUGAUCCAAUUUUAAUGACUCUAAUGAAGUGAACUUUUUGGAAAUUGGAGGAUAUGGUAUGAAAUAAUUUUCAGUUUUGGGGUACAGUUUGGAAGUAUAUGUUCACAAAAUGACAACACCUUAUAGAGCAACACAAUUCCUUUUUGUACUAAUUAAUUGGAGAUUGCUGACAACCCCUCGCUGCCCUACAAAAAUUAACUGUUUAAUUUGUUAGCGCUCUAUUUUCUUUAUAUUAUUCAAUUAUUGGUUUAACCCAAUUGUGCUUAUUCUACUGAUUGCAACAAAUCAUUUAAAAACAAAAAUACUUUUAUCAGAACUUAAAAAAUGUCAAAAAUACUUUCAACAUCUUCACUAAAUUCUACACCAAUUUGUGCAAUAAUUCGUCAUUUAUACAAAAAUUCACCUUCAAUUCUUCGAUUGUUUUAUGCGGCACAAACUUUGGGAGCCUUUAUUUCAUUAAUCGCAUUAGCUUUUGGAAUGUUGCAGUUAUGUACUAAACAACCAAUUCAACUACCUAUUAGUUCACUUUUAAUGAUGCUUAAUUUGUGUGUUGCUUUGUUACUUGCUAAUGUUGGUGUGGCUUUAUCUUCUCUCUAUAAUUUGCAUGUACCUCUAAUUCGUGCACCAUCCUCACAUUGUUAUUGGCUUAGUUUUUCAUUCAUUGACUGUUUAGCAAUCCGAACACUUUUAAAUGUUUCAAUAUUCGCUACUUAUAUGGCUGGGGCAUGUUUAGCCCUUGAAAGAAUGGCUGGUUCACUUCUCUAUAUUCGUAGGACAAAAUCUAAAAGAGCUAUUGCAAUCUUUUUAGUUAUUUUACAGUGGUUAAUCUCAAUUUUUGUUGCUAUUCCUCCAAUUUUAUCUUCUUCAGCUAAUUCAGCAACACUUGUAUCUCCUCAUUGUGCUAUAUUAACUCCUUCACCAACACAAACAAGGCCUCUAUUCUUUGCCAUUCUGGGAAUUCAUGCUCUUGUUUUGGCUAUUUAUUCAAUCUUAACAUAUCAUCAUCAUUUUGAUCCACAAAUUGCAGUUGAACUAACACGCCAAAAUCCACUAGUUCUUGAACAAGUACAUUCAACAGAACAAACAUUACCUUCUGCGGCUACAACUGUUGGAUUAUUUAUAUUGAGCACUUUAUUAGACAGACAAUUUUUGAUAGCAUUAGCUAAUUCUUUUGGUUUUGGAGGAAUAGAAAAAAUGGAUGAACGUUCAAUGUUGAUAGCCUUAAACAGAAAUAAAAGGCCAGAAAUGAGAGUUGAAGUUUUAGCUGAAGGAAUAUUUAAAGUUGCGUUUUGGAGUGAAUUUCAGACUUUGGCUGUUCCUUUCAUAAGCCUCAUAUUGGUGGUUGUUCUCCAGGCACAAGUAUGUUCGCAACGAAUUGCACAAGACGAAAUAUAUGAACGUGUUGGAGGAGCAGCUGAUAAGUGCGGACAAUCGUGAUCUACAUAUAUUUAUUGGGCCAUAACUUUUUAACUUCAAUCCUUUUUCAUAAUUUAUGUAUCAAUCGAAAGCUCUCGAUUUACUGAUACUACUUCCCAAUGGGGUUGAUAAGAUCCGAUCAUGCUUUAAGAAAUUAUAAGCUAACAAUUUCGGAAAAUCGAGAUUUCCUGUCUUUGUUGAGCUAUAACUUUUUAGAAACUUCAUCUUUUCUCAUUAUUUUUAUAUCAAUCGAUAGCUAUGUGUGUCCUGAUUCUUAACGGGACUGAUAGUCCUUAGAGAGUUAUCAGAUGUUAAGAUCGGAAGAUUGUGACUUCCGAUUUUUAUUGGGCCAUCUUUAUCGAUCUUAAUUAUUGA